GGGCGUGGGGGCGGCGGCGGCGGCUUUCGGGUGACAGCGCCACACAAAGCAGCCGAGCCGGGGUGCGAGCCUUCCUCCUGCCCUCAGGAGCGCCCAUCGCCCCGGCCUCUAGUACAAUGGCAGCCCCUCGAGGGAGGUCAAAGAAAAGAGCAGCGUUUGACCUAACUCCAGAUAGCCUUCCUUUGAGGAGCUCCGGUAGGCAGGCAAAGAAGAAAGUAACAGAGACAGUGGAUGAGGACGAAGAUGUUGUGUCUGAGAAGAAAUACCGGAAAUGUGAAAAGGCGGGCUGUACAGCAGCAUGUCCUGUGUGCUUUGCAAGUGCUUCAGAAAGAUGUGCCAAAAAUGGCUACACAUCCCGAUGGUAUCACCUUUCCUGUGGGGAACAUUUCUGCAACGAAUGCUUUGACCAUUACUACAGAAGCCAUAAAGAUGGAUAUGACAAAUAUAUUACAUGGAAAAAAAUUUGGACCAGCAACGGCAAAACAGAACCCAGCCCCAAAGCGUUUAUGGCCGACCAGCAGCUCCCUUACUGGGUGCAGUGUACAAAACCCGAGUGUAGGAAAUGGAGGCAGCUUACUAAGGAAAUCCAUCUUACUCCACGGAUAGCGAAGACUUACCGGUGUGGUAUGAAACCAAAUACUAUGAAGCCUGAGAACUCAGAUCAUUGUUCCCUGCCUGAGGAUCUGAGAGUGUCGGAAGUUUCCAACCACUGGUGGUACUCCAUGCUCAUCCUACCUCCUUUGCUGAAAGACAGCGUGGCAGCGCCUCUGCUCUCUGCCUACUACCCGGACUGUGUGGGCAUGAGUCCUUCCUGCACCAGCACGAACCGCACUGCCACCACCGCCUCCGCCACCACCACUGGCAGUGCCAGCCCGGGGCGGCUGGAGCCCUCCAAAGGCGCCCCUUCUGUGCUUGUUCCAGGCAUGAACCGGUACUUCCAGCCUUUCUACCAGCCCAAUGAGUGUGGGAAAGCCCUGUGUGUGCGGCCCGACGUGAUGGAACUGGACGAGCUCUAUGAGUUUCCUGAGUACUCGCGAGACCCCACCAUGUACCUGGCUCUGAGAAACCUUAUCCUCGCCCUGUGGUACACAAACUGCAAAGAAGCUCUUACUCCUCAGAAAUGCAUUCCUCAUAUCAUCGUCCGGGGCCUUGUGCGCAUUCGGUGUGUUCAGGAAGUGGAGAGGAUACUUUAUUUUAUGACGAGGAAAGGUCUCAUCAACACUGGAGUUCUUACUGUGGGAGCCGACCAGUAUCUUCUUCCUAAAGACUAUCACAAUAAAUCAGUCAUCAUUGUUGGGGCUGGUCCAGCAGGGCUCGCAGCUGCUAGGCAACUACAUAACUUUGGAAUUAAGGUGACUGUCCUGGAAGCCAGAGACAGAAUUGGAGGCCGAGUGUGGGAUGAUAAAUCUUUCAAAGGUGUCACGGUGGGAAGAGGACCCCAGAUUGUCAAUGGCUGUAUUAAUAACCCAGUAGCACUAAUGUGUGAGCAACUUGGCAUCAGCAUGCAUAAAUUUGGAGAAAGAUGUGACUUAAUUCAGGAAGGUGGAAGAAUAACUGACCCCACCAUUGACAAGCGCAUGGAUUUUCAUUUUAAUGCCCUCUUGGAUGUUGUCUCUGAGUGGAGGAAGGAUAAGACUCAGCUCCAAGAUGUCCCUUUAGGAGAAAAGAUAGAGGAGAUCUACAGAGCUUUCAUUAAGGAAUCUGGUAUCCAGUUCAGCGAGCUGGAAGGGCAGGUGCUCCAGUUCCACCUCAGUAACCUGGAAUAUGCCUGUGGCAGCAACCUCCACCAGGUGUCUGCUCGCUCCUGGGAUCACAAUGAAUUCUUUGCCCAGUUUGCUGGUGACCACACUCUCCUGACUCCCGGGUAUUCUGUAAUCAUUGAGAAAUUGGCUGAAGGGCUGGACAUUCGGCUCCAGUCUCCGGUCCAGAGCGUUGAUUACACUGGGGAUGAAGUGCAGGUCACCACGACAGAUGGCACAGGCUAUUCUGCACAAAAGGUAUUAGUCACUGUUCCACUGGCCAUACUACAGAAAGGUGCCAUUCAGUUUAAUCCACCACUGUCAGAGAAAAAGAUGAAAGCUAUCAACAGCUUGGGCGCUGGCAUCAUUGAGAAGAUAGCCUUGCAAUUUCCUUACAGAUUUUGGGACAGUAAAGUUCAAGGGGCUGACUUUUUUGGUCAUGUUCCUCCCAGUGCCAGCCAGCGGGGCCUCUUUGCUGUAUACUAUGACAUGGAUCCCCAGAAGCAGCAGAGCGUGUUGAUGUCGGUGAUCACCGGGGAGGCAGUGGCAUCAGUUCGGACACUGGAUGACAAGCAGGUGCUGCAGCAGUGCAUGGCCACUCUGCGGGAGCUAUUCAAGGAGCAGGAAGUCCCAGAUCCCACAAAGUAUUUUGUCACUCGAUGGAGCACAGAACCGUGGAUCCAGAUGGCAUACAGUUUUGUGAAGACCUUUGGGAGCGGAGAGGCCUAUGAUAUCAUUGCUGAAGAAAUACAAGGAACUGUCUUUUUUGCUGGCGAGGCAACAAACAGGCAUUUCCCACAAACUGUUACAGGGGCUUAUUUGAGUGGUGUUCGAGAAGCAAGCAAGAUUGCAGCCUUUUGAAUAGAACUGUCUGGAUCCAGCUUUGUCCUGUACCCCAAAUGGGAAAGUCUGAAACACAGGUUAAACCUCAGUUUGUGUGUGUGGGUCUGUGUGUGCGCCUGCUCUGGAUAGCAGAUCUAAAAUGGUUACAGUGUUCUGAAAAUGUAAACCCAUUUCACCACUCUGAAAGCACUGCCCCCAAAGUCCUUAUGAGCACUUAUAUUUAUUUGCAUUUUCCAUAGGGCCAGCUAGUGCUGAAGCCCUCUGGAUUUCAGGAUGAGGCAGAAUAUAACCUUAAGUUGAAACCUGGGUUAGAGUGUUCCAUGGCCAGAGGUUCCCUUGAGACUUGUUAUUGUGUUGUACUGAUGAAUUUUCAUACAUUACAGAACUAUACAUUACAAGUAAAUCAAGCAGGAAUCAUUAACAAACUAGAUAAAGCCAUGUGUUCUGUGAAAACUUAUCAGUAUCUUUACCAAUGAGCCUUAAUAUUUUUAUAUAGCUCCAGUGUUAAACCUGUACUUACAAUUUAGAUAGAACUUUUUUUUGAUACACCACGAACUCUCUGAAGGCAAAAUGAAGUUUCUAGAAGACUUUUAUAUUCUACAUAUUUUUUCCCAUUGGGUAUUUAAAAAGAAACUAAAUUCAGGUAUUUGUUGUAAUGUCUUGUAUUUGUGCACUCUGGCAAAACAGCAAAAACCUCAAUCCUUAAAUGGUAUAGGGAUCAUGUAAUUGAGACCAGGUUGCUGAAUGUGGUCUAUGCUUUAAGCAUAAAAUACAGCUGUUUUUCUUAAAGCCAAAUUUGAGUGGGCAGCAAAUUUUUAGUAUCUUAAAUUUUGGCAGCCACUAGCAAAGAUCUUGUCAGAAUAAAAACCUCAUUUUUUAAAACUGACUCAAUCUCUGGGAAUAUUUUUUGCAUAAUUAUAUUUAGUUUUCCAUAGGCAGGUCCACUGGAAAACUGUACAAAAAUGUGAGUUAUCUUGGUAAAUAUAUUUUAUAGGCUGUAUCUUAUGAGCCUGACAUGGCCAGAUCUGCUUUUUCAUUUUUGACAAAAAAAAUUGUUCAAUAAGCAUUGGUUUCAGGGUCUUCAGGAUGCCUAUUUGGCCAAGAAACUUCAAUUUAUAGGUUAGAAAUGUGCUUUUGUUUUAAAAAGUCUUUGAACAACUCUUUGAAUUGUAUUGGUCUGUUUUAAUGAAGGGGCUAAAAAUGACUUUAAAGCCACUUUUCAAAAUAUUUGGUAUUUUUGAGAUUUAAAAUAAAUCAGCUUGUAAGUAAAUAAUCUUAUGCAAAGAAUGUACAGUGAACUUUAUAGUUUAGACACUUCUCCAUCAAAGUAUGAUACAAAAGAAAGCCAAUAGCUGUAUAUUUCAAAGUGAAGAUAGGGAAAUGGUGAUAUUUAGGCUGAGACUCAUUGGUACUGAUUAGGAUGUAUUCUGCUUAAAAGUGUUAUGUCAUAAGAUGUUUAAUAGCAUGUGCUAAGGGAUAAAUGCAAAAUAUGUUGUUUGACAUGGUUCUUCAUGGGCACUUAAACUUGUACUGUGCUACCGACAAGCAGAGAAAAACCUACUUCAAGUAUAGUACAUGUAUUUAAAAACUUGUUUCUGAUUUUUCAAGUGACAUACUUCAUUUGACAUUUUAAGGAACAAUGGUACUUUUGAGUUUCUGAGUUGUUUUCAAUGUUAUCUGAAGAUUUUGUAAUUGAGCAGCAGUGAAUACAAACGUUUAUGUGACUUCACUUCAGAUCAUGAGUAGCUGGUUGUGCAAAACUGCUUAAUAAAAACUAGAUCUGUUUUUCAGA